GCUGCCCAAAGGAUCAGUAUUGUCAGAUACAGCCCUUAAAAAUCAACCAUCGGUAUCAACCCAAAAAAUCUCUAUCAGUGCACCCCUAAUUUUGAUUUCUUGGCACUGUUUGCAGAUGGAUGGAUUUUCUUAGCAGUAGCGCCUGAUCUCUUUAAUAGCUUCACUGGAACUAACUGCCAUAAGCUUCUGAUGGUGUUUGCCAAAACAAGCCACUUAGAGUCGGAUUUGAAACUAUGCAACCUAUUAAACCCUAAGCAUCAGAGAUUACAAGGGGGAAGAAUUUGAAGCCCUGAUAUUGCUCUUGCUACUGACUUACAUCAAUUGCAUAGCAGCCCUAGCAGUUACAGCUGGUCACAAACCAUGCUCCAAGGGUUCAUAGUUCUCACUUAACCUGCCGCUCCAUUCACGGUUUUGAGCCUGCCUCUUUCCUGCGCUUUCCAAUUAGCAACCAUCAAUUGUUUUGCUCCCCCCACCCCGUCUCAGAUAGGGCCUCUACUAUUUAACUCCUCCCACUAAAGCCACUAUUUGGCAUGUGGUGGAAACAGGAAGUGAAGGAAGGUUCUCCCCUCCCCACCCCUGCCCAGAGGCGUGUGAUGCAUUUGCUCUCACUGUUGCUGGCUUGUUUUUAUGAGUGGUUGUUUUAUUUGCAUCUCUGAAUCAGGUGGUUCAGUUCUGUAUCCAGAUACCAAUAUGAUAAGCACCCCCCAGCCUCCUCCCCUAUUUCAAGAUUUCCCCUCCCCGCAUUUAUCAGAAUAAUUUGUACCAAUAAACAUCAGUUUUCUUCUACUGAGUAGAAAAGGUGCUGUCCAAUCUGGGCCAGACCUCUUACUUUGGGCCUGAUAAUUCACUUCUACUGAAAUCUGGAUUUACACAGAUGUAAACCUCAUUUUAAAAAGAAAAUCAGGUCUGCUCUAUCCUACCAUAGCUAUUUCUGUUCCUCUUAGUUGUAGUCAUUCUCCUGUGUUGCAAAGCAUGAACUCUUUAAAUCCAUUCUUCGUGUGUGCGGUUCUGGUGCUCACAUCCCAUCUGCAAGGUUAGACUGGAGUAGCCUGAAGGUUGUUCAAAGAACAGGAGCCUGGAUUUUAGAACAGACCUAAAUGUAAAGCAAGUUACAGCAUCCGCAGGGGAUUGAGACCCAUGCUCAAUUUUUAUAAAGCUGAGGCCCCAGGAAUAUCCCCCAGAAAAGCCUGACUGUCGUCCUGGUGCAGUACCUUCCCUACAGUCUCCAGUAUGAACUUUUACUUCAAGAGAUGUUUGCAAAAACAAUGAGCAGGAGGAGGAGGUCCUAUAUGCUCGGAUGGCCUCAGGUGAAGAGGGGUGACUUCCUCUACCCGUCUGUACAAGAAGCUGAACAACUCCUUUGCAAAACUGUAUUCGAAGAGAACUUUUUCCACUGAAAAACCGCCAAUAUAUUACCUUCCAGUCCAGGAAAAGUGAUGUUUGUAUUCCCAGCAGCUCUUUUUGUAGCACAGCAAGUAUUUGCCUAUGUGGAAGCACCUACACUAAGUAAUGGGUUCAGCCGCCUUCCUAUCUCAUCCCUCCUCGAUCUUUAAUUCGUUACAAAAUAGUGGUUGCCAUGGUGUUUCCCGGAGCCGUGGCAGAGCCAGGGCCGGCGGGCGCGCUGGAGUCGUGCGAGCCGUGCCGCUUGCAGCGGGUCUGCCGGCACAAGCAGCCGGGCGGUGUUUGUCUGUCUGUGCAGGGGACGAAAUCGGGCCGUUCCGCAGACGCCCGGCGUCUCCUUUAAGGGUGGCCUCUCCUGUUUCCCCUUCUCGGUCCCGCCUCCUGGAGCGCGCCGCGCCGCGCCGCUCCCAUGGCGAAGCGCUCGGGGUGUCCGCCUGCGAGCGCACGGAGGCGACUCGCGGGAGCAGCGGUGUAAGAGCAACACGUCCAGGGAAGGGACCAGCCGCACGGCAGUCUCCGGCAAGCAGCUACUUGUCGGGGGUGGGGAAGGAGCCUGGAGAGCCCUCCUCCCCCCUCGUAUUUUUUAUUUCUGCAAGUGGAAGGAAGCAUCCUUGCAGCAGACUUCCUGGGAGGGGAGAGCGAGGGCGAGGGCGAAGCGCUUGUUUUUGCAGCUGCUUGGGUCACUGCACCAGACUUUCUCCUGUGCCUGGACCCCGCUGUUUCCUGUUUUGUUUUGGGGGGCUCUGCUCCGUGCUGCGUCGGGAGCGGAGGUUGCUUUUUUUUUUUCUCGUGCUGUUGGCCCGGAUACUCCCUCCGCCUCCAGGUUUGGCCGCCCCUUCGCCCCGAUCCUCAUGAAAAAUCACAUCUGGGGCGGCUCCCCCCGGGCUCCCAUGGCUGCGGCGAUGCCGUGCAAGAGCGCGGAGUGGCUGCAGGAGGAGCUGGAGUCUGGUGGGGGCAGCUCGCUGCUGCUGCUCGACUGCCGCCCGCACGAGCUCUUCGAGUCCUCCCACAUCGAGACCGCCAUCAACCUGGCCAUCCCGGGCCUCAUGUUGCGCCGCCUUAAAAAAGGCAACCUGCCGAUCCGGUCCAUUAUCCCCAAUAACGAAGACAAGGAGCGCUUCAUCAAGCGCUGCAAAGCGGACACAGUGCUGCUCUACGACGAGGCCACGGCCGACUGGCAGGACAACGGCGCCGCCACCUCGGUCCUGGGGCUCUUGCUGCAGAAGCUGCGCGACGACGGGUGCAAGGCGUAUUACCUAAAAGGUGGCUUUAACAAAUUUCAUACAGACUACUCUGAGCAUUGUGAGCCUAAUAUUGACAGCUCCUCCCCCAGCAACUCUCCUCCUGCAUCUGUCCUUGGCCUGGGAGGACUAAGGAUAAGUUCUGAUUGUUCAGAUGGUGAGUCUGACAGGGAGCCAAGCAGUGCCACAGAGUCGGAUGGGAGCCCAGUUCCCAACAACCAACCUACCUUUCCUGUCCAGAUCCUACCAUACUUAUAUCUGGGCUGUGCCAAAGAUUCUGCCAACCUGGAUGUCUUGGGCAAGUAUGGCAUCAAGUACAUACUGAAUGUGACUCCUAACCUACCAAACAUGUUCGAGCAUGAUGGAGAAUUCAAGUAUAAACAGAUCCCCAUCUCGGAUCACUGGAGUCAGAAUCUUUCCCAGUUCUUUCCUGAGGCCAUUGCUUUUAUUGAUGAGGCCCGUUCCAAGAAGUGCGGUAUCCUGGUUCAUUGCCUUGCUGGCAUUAGCAGGUCUGUAACAGUAACUGUUGCCUACUUGAUGCAAAAACUAAACUUGUCCCUGAACGAUGCCUAUGACUUUGUGAAAAGAAAAAAGUCCAAUAUCUCUCCAAACUUUAACUUUAUGGGCCAGUUGCUGGAUUUUGAGAGGACUCUGGGACUCAACAACCAGUGUGAAAGCCACUCCCCCAGUGAGCAGCUCUACUUUACCACACCAACUAAUCACAACCUGUUCCAGCUGAAAACCUUGGAAUCCACAUGAAGGGAAUUAUGCUUGGUUGGGAAUUCAAGCAUCAAAUAGUUUGCAUUAAGCAUUUCAAAUAUGAAAUCUAUCAGGCAGCCUUGAAAGAACUUGUUGCUCCAAGUAGAGCGGUCUGCUGCUUUUAAAAGGCUAAUACCAUUUAUUAGUAUUCUGAUGCUAAUCAAAAUGGAUCAAAGAGGUAGUUUUUUCACAGGUCCAUUUAAUAUGGGGAAUAUUAUGGUGUUCUGAACACAGCUGUUACCAGCAAUAACUGCUUUCCUGGGUGUAUUAAGACUGGCAGAACACGCAAACACACGGAGCUACCUGUGUAUUAGUUUGUUUGGGGAAAGUAAACAACACUUAAGCACUUGGCCACCUUGAACAAAAGGUGUUGGCCCAAGACUGUUUUAAAAUCCAGGUUUACUUUUUUUAAAAAAGGUAAUCUUACUCUUGAGCAUUGAGUUCAAACUUUUUAAAUAUGUAAGUUCUUCACUGUUUGUACAGAUAUGGUUGCAAAACCAGUAUUUUAUUCUGUUCUUGUUUGAUCAUUUUUAAUCGAAUAUUUGUAUUGACCAAAUGCAUUUUGCACAAUUUGUGAAGCCUUGGUAUAUCUUGGCAUAUUACUGGGUACUCGAGAGAGACACGCACAUGCUGCUGCUGUUGCUAGCAUCUGAUAGAAAGUUUUACUCUUUGUGAAGGCCGGUUGGUCUUAGUAAUGUUUCACCACUUCCACACACACACAAUCACAAACUUUGCACUGAAUCAACCAAGGUGACUAAGCUGCAAACUUUUUUAAAAGCCACCCGUGCCAAAAAACACUGCUGUUGUCAGAGGUAAAUCUUGUUUAGCUUUGAGAUUUGAUAGAAGCAUGUCUGAGGUUAACUCUCAUUUUGUGCUGCCAGCUGGCCUGAAACAUUCCCACUUCUGAAGUAAAGAAAAUACUUGUGAUGUUGGCAUUUUUCUCUCAGACACUCUUAAGUGUGUGUGUGUGUGUGUGUGUGUGUGUGUGUGUGUGUGGGGUCGGGGGGGGGAGAGGGAAUCUAUUGCUACUGCUACUGUGCAUCUGGAGCAGCGCAAGGUUUUUUAUAGUAUGACACUACUAAGCAGUCAUGCAGACACUGAGAGGAGAGUGGAAAUACAAGAAAUAACAGAGGAGUAUAAACUAACAAAAAAACUGGCAACUUUUAAGAUGAUUGGAGCUUGCAGUGGAGGUUCUGAUGGUUUUUAUCUUUUCAAGUAACUUCUUGCAGUGCCUUCUAUUAUGAGAAGCCUUGUUUAUAUUUCUGGCUAAUGUCUGGUAAACAUGUUGUACUAAGCAGGGGAGGGUAAAAAUGGGAGGAGGGCAGAAUGGAUCUGAGGGUGUAGUGUCAUCCUCUUAUCCCCUUCUCUCCAUUUUAACUCUCAUACACCUGAAAAAAGCCACGGAUUUCCCUCCUAAAUAUCCCAUUUUUGUAUUCCCUCCCUCCCCCCCAAAAAAGAACAGGUUAUAGUGGAGGGAAGAAAACCAAACUCCGUGUAGAGAAAUUGUUUGAUGGUGUCACAUCAAUGUUACCUGAAUGGUGAUGGGUUUUUUUCUUCUUUCUGAUUUGUUAACAAUGUUGGGAUAGUGGGUCAUUGGGGAAGAGAGAAUGAUCAUGAGUAUGGUUGUGAAUGGGCAAGCAAAUUUGCAAAUAUUCUAAUUGCAUCUUACCUCAUCGAGGAAUUUAUUUUUCAGGGAUUUUUAGACGGUGCAUCUAUAUUGCAUUACAGCUAAGCUGGUUUGUAAAGGCUUUUUGUGCUGUAAGUAAUCUUUACUCUUUAAAGGGAAAAAAUGUAUCUUCUGACUAAUACAAAUGAAUGCUUGUUAGUGAGGCAGUCUUGCUUUCUGAGUUAUGAAGGAAAAUUAAUGACCCUAUAUAUCCUGAACCAAUAUUGGGACUUUGUUUAUAUUGCAAAUAAAUAUUAUUUUUUC